AUGGCAUCGUCUCCCAAGUCUAUUCCGCUCACUCCCGAGCAGGAGCGGCAGGUUCAGGCGCUUGCGAGGUCAAUGUCGACCUCAGAAUCUUCGCUUCACUUCGCAUCGCUGGCUCCCGUAGAGAGUCUCGACACUGUUGUUCAACCCGAAAAGUACAUCAACCCCUUCAAGGGUUCAGACGGCGACGAACUGCUCGAUCCCCACUCCGAGAAAUUCGACAUCAAUGCAUGGGUUAGGUCUUACAUGCAGAUUCUCUCGCGCGACCCAGAAAAUUUUCCAUUUCGUACUGCUGGUGUCUCCUUCCGCAACUUGAACGCUCGUGGCACCGGUCUGCCCACCGAUUUCCAGAAGACCGUAAGCAACAUUUGGGUUGGAGCAUAUGCCACGGCCAAAAGAUGGGUUGGUCUGGGAACAGGAGCGCGCGAUAUUCAUAUUCUGAGGGAUUUCGAUGGAUUGGUCAGAUCAGGAGAACUGCUUGUGGUUUUGGGAAGACCCGGAAGUGGUUGCUCAACGUUCCUUAAAACCAUCGCCGGCCAAACUCACGGCUUCACCGUCGACGUUCAUUCAGACAUCCAGUACCAAGGCAUCUCUAGGGAGGUUAUGCACAAAGAUUUUCGAGGCGAAGUGAUAUAUAACGCGGAAACCGAUGUUCACUUCCCGCAUUUGACGGUCGGACAAACCCUUCUCUUUGCUGCCAAGGCCCGAGUCCCUCGAACGAGGGUUGACGAUGUUUCACGCGAUGCCUAUGCGACCCAUAUCCGUGAUUUGGUCAUGGCCGUGUUUGGUCUCAACCAUACGAUGCAUACAAAGGUGGGCAAUGACUUUGUUCGUGGCGUCAGUGGAGGGGAGCGGAAGCGCGUCAGCAUCUCAGAGACGACAUUAAGCGCUGCGCCACUUCAAUGUUGGGACAACAGCACACGCGGCCUCGAUAGCGCGACUGCGCUUGACUUUAUUCGGACUCUCCGCCUUUCGACUCAGUUCACUGGCUCUGCAGCUCUUGUAGCCAUCUAUCAAGCUUCCCAAAACGCUUUCGAUCUCUUUGACAAGGCCACCGUGCUAUAUGAAGGCCGACAGAUCUACUUUGGUCCCACUGAGACCGCCCGCGAGUUUUGGACCUCACGAGGUUUUGUGUGUGCAUCACGACAGACCACGGGCGACUUCCUUACAUCGUUAACCAACCCUGCUGAACGAAUUGUUGCUCCGGGAUGGGAGAAUCGUGUUCCUCGUACUGCAGACGAAUUUGCCAGGGUAUGGAGAAGCAGUGCCGAGUACCGGGCCUUGGUUGCCGAUAUCGAAGCCUACAAUAACGAAUACCCGCUCGAUGGGGAUGCUUUGAAGAGCUUCAGAGCUUCAAGAAGACGGCAACAGUCCAAAUCAAUUCCCGCAUCGUCGCCAUAUACGAUCUCCGUCCGCCGCCAAAUUUCUCUUUGCAUGGAACGUGGUUGGCAGAGAUUGAGGGGUGAUUUGAGCACAUUUUUUACAACAGUUUUCGGGACUUUUAUCCUAUCGCUUGUCAUCUCCAGCGUGUUUUACAACAUGCCUGACACAACAGGCAGCUUUUACAGCAGAGGGGCUUUGCUAUUCUUUGCCAUUCUUCUCAACGCCUUUUCAAGCGUGCUCGAAAUUUUCACCCUAUACGCUCAGCGUCCGAUUGUUGAGAAACACAACUCAUAUGCACUUUAUCAUCCUUUUGCCGAAGCCAUUUCAUCAAUGAUUUGCGACCUUCCUUCAAAACUUUUGACUGCAACGCUCGUUAACCUCGCGCUCUAUUUCAUGAGCAAUCUACGCAGGGAACCGGGCGCUUUCUUUAUCUUCUACCUGUUCUCCAUCACAACCCAGCUUGUCAUGUCAAUGGUCUUCCGAACUAUUGCUUCCAUUUCCAGGACGCUCAUCCAGGCACUUACUCCAGCAUCGGUCCUCGUUUUGGGUCUUGUGAUGUACACAGGCUUCACCGUACCUGUAAGGGAUAUGGUCCCGUGGUUCCGAUGGGUAAACUAUCUUAACCCUGUUGGCUAUGGAUUCGAGUCCAUCAUGCUCAAUGAAUUCGUCGGUCGCAGUUAUUCGUGCACUAUGUUCAUUCCCGCCGGACCUGCAUACGCCAAUGCCACUGCUACGAACCAAAUUUGCGGCACCGCCGGCGCCAAGCCGGGAAACAACUUUGUUCUCGGUGAAGACUACCUCCAAACGUCCUUCAGUUACGUUCAUAGCCAUCUGUGGCGCAAUUUCGGCAUUCUACUUGCAUAUAUGAUCGUGUUCUGUGCCAUACAUCUCAUUGCAACGGAAUAUAUUUCGGCAGCCAAAUCGAAAGGCGAAGUCCUCGUAUUCGCUCGCAGUCAUGUGUCAGACAAGCAGCAGCCCUCCGAUUUGGAAAGUGCGCCGCCGAUGGAAAAGACUGGGCCCAUUGGUGAUAAUGCUACUGCGCCAAAGAUACCGAAGCAAACUAAGGUAUUCAUGUGGAAGGACGUUUGCUAUGAUAUCAAGCUCAAGGACAAGUCCGAUCGGCGACUACUAGACCAUGUCGAUGGCUGGGUGAAGCCUGGGACUCUGACUGCACUUAUGGGCGUUUCGGGCGCUGGAAAAACCACGCUCCUGGAUGUACUGGCGACUCGAACGACAAUGGGUGUUGUCACGGGGGAAAUGUUAGUUAAUGGACGCCCUCGUGACCAGUCGUUCCAGCGCAAGACAGGUUAUGUCCAACAACAGGAUCUCCACCUUGCCACUUCAACCGUACGAGAGUCACUUGAAUUCAGCGCCCUCCUUCGCCAGCACAAGUCGAUUCCGAAGGCGGAGAAACUUGCUUAUGUCGAUGAGGUUUUGGCGCUCCUUGACAUGGAAUCGUAUGCGGAGGCAAUCGUCGGUGUACCUGGAGAGGGUCUCAAUGUCGAGCAACGCAAGCGGCUGACGAUCGCGGUUGAACUGGUCGCCAAACCUGAGCUCCUGGUUUUCUUUGAUGAGCCCACCAGCGGACUGGACUCGCAAACGGCCUGGUCUAUCUGUCAGCUGAUGCGCAAAUUGGCCAACCACGGGCAGGCCAUUCUCUCGACUAUCCAUCAACCUAGCGCUAUCUUGAUGCAAGAGUUUGACCGCUUGCUAUUCUUGGCCCCCGGCGGCAAGACUGUGUACUUCGGCGAGAUUGGCGAAAACUCGAAAACUCUCACCAGCUACUUUGAGAAAUAUGGUGCUUCGCCGUGUCCCCCACAGGCCAAUCCUGCGGAAUGGAUUCUUCAAGUUAUCGGUGCUGCUCGUGGUCAUAAAUCUAUCCAGGACUGGCCCGAGGUCUGGAAGGCUAGCGAGGAACGUGUGGCCAUCCGCACCGAAUUCAAUUCCAUGGUUGCGGAGUUAUCGCGUAGUCCUGAUUCAAACGAAUCCUCCACUGGCUUUGAAGCGUUUGCAGUACCAUUAUCCACACAAAUCUGGUACUGCUUCGAGCGUGUGUGGGUGCAGUAUUGGCGGACACCAUCGUACAUCUAUUCCAAGCUCGCGCUUGUCGGCUCUUGCUCUCUGUUCAUCGGAUUCACGUUCUACAAGGCGCACACCAACCUGCAAGGACUUCAAAACCAACUCUUUUCUAUCUUCAUGCUGCUGAUUUUGUUUGCGAACCUGGCCCAGCAAAUAAUGCCAUUGUUCGUCGCUCAACGAGAACUCUAUGAAGCCCGCGAACGGGCUGCGAAGGCCUAUUCUUGGAAGGCAUUCCUUGUAUCCCAGAUUCUUGUCGAGAUCCCCUGGCAGGUUGUCGCUGCCGUCAUAAUUUUUGUCUCAUUCUACUACCCCAUCGGGCUGUACCGCAACGCUCAAGCAGCGCACCAAAUGGUGGAGCGUGGCGGACUGAUGUUCAUCUACAUACUGCAAUUCAUGCUCUUCACGUCAACUUUCAGUCAAAUGGUCAUAGCCGGGAUCGAAAACUCUGAAAUGGCUGCGAAUGUCGCGACGCUGCUAUUUGCGUUGACGCUCCUGUUUUCUGGGAUUCUAGCCCCGCCGAGCACGCUAGGGUGGUGGAAAUGGAUGUACCGCGUUUCACCGUUCACCUAUCUCGUUGGCGGUAUGCUGUCCACGGGUGUGGCCAACACACAAGUCACGUGCUCGGAUAUUGAGCUGCUUGUGGUUGACCCGUUCGCGGGUCAAACUUGCGCUGAAUAUUUCCGGCCCUACAUGCAGCUCGCUGGUGGUAGUCUGUGGAACCCCACUGCCUUGGCCGGAUGCCAGUUCUGCGCGAUUUCGGAUACGAACGUGUUCCUUGCAGCCACCGAGAUCAGUUACUCCCAAAGGUGGCGCAACAUGGGCCUUUUCUGGGUUUAUAUCGCGUUUAAUGCGGUGAUGGCCGUUUUCCUCUAUUGGCUUCUUCGCGUGCCAAAGGAGCGGCGUAGGAAGGAGAGUCAGCUACAAAUCAAAGGCAAGGAGAAAGACAGAAGACCAUGA